AUGGAAGUUCCAGGCAUGUCCUCCAUCCGCCGUCGCCUCCUCGGAGGAAAUACACCUUCCGACAGCUCCCGCGAAACCACCCCUCCAAAAGCAGAAGAAGUGCGUCUCGCGCCCGUAUCCAAGAUCAUAACGGACUCGUCCCACAAAACGAAAACGCGGAAGCGCAGGAAUGGGCUUAUAUUCGUGCUGGGUGGACUUUUUGGCAUCGUGGUCGCAGGUUUCUUUGCCGGCCGAUCCGAUCUGAUCGAUUUCCCAGAGUUCUCGGAGCUUAGCAUGGAUAGUCUGAUGGAUGUGCUGCCUGCGAGUUUUGUGAAGAAUGCGCGGGAUUUAGCGCAGGGAGAGCGGGAGGCGGUGAAUUAUGAUUCGUUUUCUGUGGGCUUGAAGUUGAUGGCGCAGGGUGUGAAGGCGCAUCAUCCGGUUAUUAUGGUGCCGGGCGUGAUAUCGACGGGACUCGAGAGUUGGGGUACGACGAAUAGCUCGAGACAGUAUUUUCGGAAGAGGCUGUGGGGGAGUUGGAGUAUGAUGAGGGCGUUGGUUACGGAUAAGGAAGGGUGGAAACGUCAUAUUAUGCUGGACAAGAAUACGGGUAUGGAUCCGCCGGGUGGGAUCAAGCUGAGAGCUGCGCAGGGAUUUGAUGCGGCGGACUUUUUCAUUACGGGAUACUGGAUAUGGAGUAAAAUCUUAGAGAAUCUGGCGACGAUCGGGUAUGAUCCGACAAACAGCUUCACGGCUGCGUAUGAUUGGAGACUUUCUUACGCAAACCUCGAGGUUCGAGAUCAGUAUUUCACGAGGCUAAAGAUGUAUAUUGAGAUGGCGUACCAGGUUGCGGACAAGAAGGUGGUUCUAAUAUCUCAUUCUAUGGGGAGUCAGGUACUCUUUUAUUUCUUCCACUGGGUCGCAGUUGCGGAUGGAGGUGGAGGAGGAGAUAGCUGGGUGGAUGACCAUGUUGACUCAUGGAUCAAUAUCAGUGGUUGUAUGCUUGGUGCCCUUAAAGGACUACCAGCUGUGUUGUCCGGUGAGAUGAAAGAUACAGCACAACUAAACGCUUUCGCUGUCUACGGACUCGAAAGCUUCUUAAGCCGAGAAGAGAGAGCCGAGAUCUUCAGAGCCAUGCCUGGUAUAAGUUCGAUGCUACCAAUUGGCGGAGACACCAUCUGGGGUAAUUCAACCUGGGCUCCAGAUGAUCUUCCAGGACAGAAUGUCUCUUACGGUCCAUUUCUGAAUUUCAAGUACCAAAACGGCACGAGUUUCGCAAGAAAUUAUACUGUCACCGAGAGUCUAGAGUAUCUAUUCAACGUCACUGAACCUUGGUUCGUGAACCAGAUCAAGAGAAGUUACUCCAACGGCAUCGCCCACACAACCGCCGAAGUAGACGCCAAUGAGAAAGAUCCACGAAAAUGGAUCAACCCACUCGAAACCCGUCUCCCCCUCGCUCCAAACCUAAAAAUAUACUGUUUUUACGGUAUCGGCAAACCAGCCGAACGCUCCUACUUCUACCGCAAAUCCGACUCCCCCCUCUCAAACCUCAACAUCACAAUCGACACCGCCCUCACGCAGGGCAACAUCAACCACGGCGUCGUCCUCGGCGAGGGCGACGGCACCGUCAACCUGCUUUCCCUCGGCUACAUGUGCAAUAAAGGCUGGAACCUCCAUCGCUACAACCCAGCCGGCGUGAAAGUCAAAGUCUAUGAAAUGCCGCAUGAACCAGACCGCUUCAGUCCGCGAGGCGGCCCGAACACCGGCGAUCAUGUGGAUAUUCUGGGACGCCAGAGUUUGAAUGAUUUGAUUCUGCGGGUGGCUGCCGGGAGGGGGGAUGAGAUUGGGGAGAAUGUUGUUAGUGAUAUUGUGAAGUAUAGUGAGAGAGUUGAGGUGCGGGAGGAGGAGGAGUGGUUGUAG